CCUGUCCCCGAUCCCUUUCGCGGACGGAGCUCGCGGACUUCCGAAGAAGUGAGCCAUUUUCGCCGCAGGGCGAUCGAGAUCUUGCGCACUCGGGUCGACGAUUCAUCCAGGCCCGCACGAAGGCGAGGAGCCGAACGAAGCAGUGUGUCUCGAGCAAUGUCUUACAACGAUUAUGGUCGAGACAGUAGAGACAACCGGGACAACAGGGGGGAUUAUGGAGGAAACAGAGGAGGAGGUGGUGGCGGUGGCGGUAGGAACGAAGAUGUAGGCGGAUACGAGCAGGAUUACGAUGACAGACCCGAGUUCAGGGAUGGAUUCCGUGAUCUUGCGCCCCCGGAGCCCGGCCAGGACCCCGCCAGCUAUGUGCCUGAUGUCGUCAAGACCUUCGUCGUGUAUUUGUAUAGGCACAUCCGAGAGAAGAAUGUCUACGAAAUCCAUCAGAUGUACGAGGGCUCCUUUCAGAAGCUGAGCGAGCGCAUGUUCCAGAAGACCCCCUGGCCUUCGGUGGAAGUCAUCGCGCCCUAUGUGGAGAACGACCAUGUCUUCUGCUUGUUGUACAAGGAGAUGUGGUUCCGUCACGCGUAUGCGCUUCUCAGCCCUACCCUAGAGCAGAGAUGUGAUUCUUGGGACAACUAUUGCAAUCUGUUCCAGGUCAUUCUUCACGGAAACGUGAAUAUGCAGUUGCCCAACCAGUGGCUCUGGGAUAUGGUCGACGAGUUCAUCUACCAGUUCCAGUCCUUCUGUCAGUACCGCGCCAAGCUCAAGAACAAGACCGAUCGAGAGCUCGCUCUUCUGCGCCAAUGCGACGAGGUUUGGAACGUGUACGGUGUCCUGAAUUAUCUGCAGGCCCUUAUCGACAAGUCGAUGAUCAUCCAAAUUCUCGAGGAGGAGAAGGAUGGCUCCGUGACAUUCACGGCCACCGAUGGUUACGACUAUCACGGAGGUACUAAUGUGCUCAAGGUUUUAGGUUAUUUCAGCAUUGUGGGUCUUCUUAGGGUUCACUGUCUGUUGGGUGACUACCAUAGCGGCCUGAAGGCUUUGGCGCCCAUCGACAUCAACGCACCGGGAGUGUACAAUACCGUCAUCGGGUGCCAGGUGACGACCAUCUACUACUUCGGAUUUGCCAACAUGAUGCUGCGGAGGUAUGUGGAUGGAAUUAGGGCAUUCAACCAGGUUCUGUUGUACAUCCAUAAGACCAAGCAGUUCCAUCAGCGCUCCCCGCAGUAUGAUCAAAUUCACAAGAAGAACGAGCAGAUGUACGCUCUUCUGGCGAUCUGCCUUUCUCUCUGCCCUCACGGAAAGCUGGUCGAGGAGAAUGUGAACAACCAGUUGAGGGAGAAGUACGCCGAUAAGAUGCUGAGGAUGCAGAGGAGCGACGAAGCCAUAUUCGACGAACUUUUCUCAUACGCUUGCCCGAAGUUCAUCACUCCUUCUCCACCCAACUACGAGGAGCCGCUUGUAAACUACAACCAGGACGCAUACAGACUACAGCUCAAAUUGUUUCUGUCGGACGUGCGCCAACAACAAUUGCUCUCGAGCAUUCGCAGUUUCUUGAAGCUGUACACCACCAUUUCGAUCGCCAAACUCGCUUCUUUCAUGGACAUCGACGAGCCAACCCUGAGGAUGGCGUUGCUGACUUACAAGCACAAGACACAUGUCAUCGACACGGACGGUAGCGUGUUGUCCAACGCUGACGUCGAGUUCUAUAUCGAUGACGACAUGGUCCACAUCGCUGAUACCAAGGAGACGAAGCGCUUCGGAGACUACUUUAUCCGUCACAUCACUAGAUUCGAGGACAUCAUCACAGACUUGGAACGCGUUCAAUUAGAGUGAAAGCCAAUUGGUCGAUGGAGAGGGAAGCUUGAGCAUUGCGGACUAGCAAAAUUUCCAUAUUCGCCUCGCUUGAUCUGCCGCAUUUGUAAACGCAAAUGCUUUUUCAGGUCAAUUUUACUUUAUGAAAGGCUCUCCUUUUUAAAAUUUUGUUUCGAUUCUGUCCUUACAAUCCGUUGUGAGCCAGCACCCAAUUUCCUAAAAAGAGUCAUUCUUUUGUACAAUUAUCUGACUCCGCCGCUUUUGCAUACUCGUUGAUUUUUAGAGACUUCGUUCAAACACUCCCUCACUGCAUGUUGUCAAAUUUUGGUCAUGAGGUUCCAACUCCGUGUCAACGAGAGAAAUCACAUUUUUGAGCAAAUUGUUCGCAAGAGGUGAUAUUACAGCCGCUGUCUAGAUGUUUUCCUUGCGAAUGCUUUUGUGAUUGGCGUCAUUUGAAGUCUUGAUCAGAUCUGGGCCUUCAUGGACACGGACCAAAUGCUUGGAUCAGAG